AUGACAAAUGGUAAGGAAGACCAAAAUCUUCACGUAUGCCGUCAAUUAUUGACCGGCACAUUACGUUGCAUCGUACCAGAUGAUUUCGCUCUCCCUGAGACGUUGGACGUCUUAGGACGCCUCGAGAGGAACGACAUCCCAACCGACGAGGAGAUCCGUGAAAUCAAUGAGGCGCUCAUAGCUCCGUUGACCAAACUGAACAGCCUAGAGGACGAAGUGAAAAAGUUGGAUCUACUCCGUCAGGAAUUACGUCGGCGGUUCGAUGUGCUAUCCGACAAGAUCAGGCCUUAUCGAACGUUUAUUUCUCGCGCACGUCGCCUACCCGCCGACAUAUUACAGGAGAUCUUUUUCAGCUCACUACCAACAGAACACAACUCAGUAAUGAGUAUCCACCACCCGCCGCUCCUGCUUAUGCGUGUAUGUCGAAGAUGGAGGGACAUCACGCUGUCGACUCCUCGUCUCUGGGCGUCUAUCCACAUCCCAAUUCCAUCACCGCAAUUCUCCAACCCUCGACAUGCAUGGGAUGUUAUGGAGUAUGACAUCCCUACCAGAAGGUUGAUCGAGGCACGCGCUGAAGGUACUCGGCUCUGGCUGCGUCGCAGUGGGGCUUGCGCUCUCAGCAUUUCUCUCCACAGCUGGCAUCCAGGAUUCCCCGUGCUUUCGGUGUCUGAUCCUUGUAGAUUCAUCAUUUCAGCGAUUGCCGAAUUCUCGUCGCGCUGGAGGAGAGUCGAGUUCGCCCUACCCUCAAGGCAUAUGGCUGAAGUGAGCGCUAUACAAGACGUUCCGCUGCUGGAAUCACUCGCCAUUGACGAAUAUUUACACUCAUCCUAUAAUGUGGGAAGGUACUUAGUGCCUUGGACGGAAAGCAGUCUUUUGAAGGGCCCGAGUAUUCGUAACAUUACCUUCCGGAAGUCGCCACCUAAUAUCUCUGCCAUUCCACUUGCGUGGGCCCGAAUCAAAUCGAUUCACUUGGCUCUUCCUCAUCCCGAAUUCGACAUACGCAAGGCGGUCACUAUUCUCACAUUCUGUGUUCAACUCACUCAUUGUCAUAUUGAACUCGCGUGGAGAAACGCUAACGAAGGGGCAUCUCAACCACAUUCAUUGUUAACGCUCACGCUGCCACUUCUCGAGAGCCUGAUAAUACACGAUGGAGGGGACGAUAUAACGGCAUUCUUCGAUGCACUCUCCACACCUUCUUUGGUGGAACUCACCUAUAAAUCUCUCCUUUCUGAUUUUUCCACUCGACGGCCAUCACUCACCACAUUCUUGUCGCAAACGCCCUCCAUUCGCGGAUUUACCACUGAUCCACAGCUCUUUUCCCGUGUCGACUUCGAGCAACUUCUUUGGCAUUGCCCUCAGAUAACGGCUCUCCGGACCCGAUGUCAAGAACCUGGAGUUCCUGCUUGGGGUCCCCAGGAGAACAACGGCUACCACGUCGACGACGAUUUUCUCAAAUUGUUUCUUUCUCCAGGUGAGGAUGUGCAAUGUCUUUGUCCUCACCUCGACGAGUUCCAUUGCGUGUUCCGCGGUGGGUUCACUGACGCCGGCAUGCUAGACUUCAUUACUCGAAAGCAGGAUGGAUCAACGCCACGGGUGGCGAAACUCAAGCACAUGAGCGUCUACUUCAAUCGGCCGUUGGUCAUGACCAUUGGUGUUCAGACUGAGCAGUUUGUGGCAGACGGGCUGAAGCUUGAAGUCAGGUAUUAUCGUCCUCGGGUGUUCCAUGGCCCACCCAGUGCCUUUGACGGGAUUUCACUACUGGAUGAGCCCCAUUUGGCAGCAGAGCGAAUCUGGGAGGAAAAUUAG